AUGACAGACGGUACUUUCGUCUCUAGCGUUUGCGACUUCACAAAGACUAGUAGUAUGGUAUCUAACUAUCUCAUGAUGACCAAAUCACGACAGGACUGGGGCCUAGCCCGCACGUUCGGGAGCCCCCUGAGAACUUUCACUCACGAAGUCGUCACAAUGUGGUAUAGAGCCCCUGAGGUCAUACUCGGUGCAAGUUACACACCCGCAAUCGACCUUUGGAGUGUUGCUUGUAUAAUGGUGGAGCUUUUGACAGACGAAGUUCUUUUCUCCGGAUCUUCAGAGAUUAGCAGCUUAUUUCGCAUUUUCCGGGUUCUCGGUACCCCUACCGAGGAAACGUUCCCUGACUUGUCUCAAAGUGAAGGGAACCACUCACAGUUCCCACAGUGGAAAGCCGCUACCCACAUCCACCGAGACCUGACAGACUCUGCUAAUGAUCUCGCACAGAAAAUGCUACUAUAUGAUUCUUCGAAACGUGCAACGGCCUCGGAGGCUCUGGAACACUCCUACUUCGCAUAG